ACACACUCACUGCAAAGUAUCGAUAUGCAUCAAUACGUUUGUUAUCAACAUACCUAGACGAAUUGGACCAUUUGCGACGCGUCAGCUUUUUGAAACCAAUUCCAAUUGUUCGUCUUAUCACAGUUAAUUGAUGUAAUUAGCCUAGCUAGCUUCUUGCAUCCCACAUACACUGUGCAUAGACUAGUCGAUCUGCAACGACAAUGGAAUCCCUGUACCAUCAAACCAACAGCACACUCAAAGAAAUUGAGCAAUGCUUUCAGAGACUCGGGCAGAUUGGGCCACAAGAGGCGCUUGACGUGGAGAACGCGAUACAAGUGAAAAUAACCCAAGCCAAUUCCAACUGUGACCGACUCGAUGUGUUGUUGUUCAAAGUGCCUCCAUCGCAACGCCAAAGCUCUAAGCUGCGGAUAGAUCAGCUCAAGUAUGACCUGAGACACUUGCAAACAUCACUGCAACAUGCACGCGAUCGUCGCCAGCGACGCCAACAAGAGAUCAGCGAACGGGAGCAGCUGCUAAAUCAUCGCUUUGCAGCUAAUAGCAAUGCACCGAACGAGACGUGUCUGCAAUUGGAUUACGAGCUACAGCACCACACACAGAUGGGCAAUGCGCAUCGGGGAGUAGAUGACAUGAUUGCCUCGGGCAGCGGCAUACUGGAGAGUCUCAUAUCACAGCGGAUGACACUUGGCGGCGCACACAAACGCAUUCAAGCCAUUGGUAGCACUUUGGGUUUGUCAAAUCACACGAUGAAGCUGAUAGAACGCCGAUUGGUUGAGGAUCGCCGCAUCUUUUUGGGCGGUAUGGUGAUCACAUUGCUGAUAAUCGCACUGAUUAUAUAUUAUUUUAUCGUGCUGUAGUCAAAAUACGAACGAAUAUCAAACUGUUUCGAGAUUUAAAUUAAAUGUACUCUAUUUAAA